AGCCUCUCUAGCUGUGGUUUCGUUCAGUCGCGGGCAGCUCAUCCGUCCUCAAGGAGCUCUGAAAAAAACUGAAAUAAACUCGUUUUUGUGGAUAUUCUGCGUUGACAGUCUUCCUGAAGAAAAGGUGACUUUUACCGGACACUCUCAGGUAAAUAUUCCCGCCUUUAUCUCGGUCUGUCUGUAAACUUUUGCUCGUUAGCUCAGCCGGUUAGCCUCCCGAUGCUAACAGCGGAGGAGGUGUUUUUUAAGGAUGAAUGAAGGAGAAAAUAAAGAGUUUAUCAAUGAGUUUAUUAAGAUAAUUAAGAGUUUAUUAAUGUAUAAACCGGGACACAGACUGUCUGUGGAUUCAAACUAUCUUUAAACACACUUAAACACAUGUUUUCCUUAGUUUUAUGUCUGUCGGAAUGUCUUUUGUCCAGAAAACUUCAUGUAUAAAAGUGAAAUUGAGGAAUAAGAAGUCUAAUAUUAACAGUGUAAGUUAAUGUAAGUCUGUGCAGGUUUAUAUUAUUAUUAUUAUUACAGUAUGUGACUGAAGGCUGCAGGAUUUUAAUGUGGAAUUGAAGGUUUAUUUCUGUUAUUGACCUUGUAAUAAUAACUGAAUAAAUGCACAGUAAAGAUUCUCAGAUGUGUCUGUUAAUACUGGAGAAAUGUAGCUGUCCUGUAAUAAUGAUAAUCACAUAUAAAGUCCCUCUGAAUGACCGUUUAGAUUAGAGAGUGAAACCUCCUUAUAAAUCUGGUUCCUCCUGAAAAUAUGAGUAUGAAUAUUAACAUGUAGGGCUGGGCGAUAUGGGACAAAGUUCAUCACAAUAUAUAUAUUUUUCAUCUCAGUCAAUAUCAGGAUAUAAAAAAUGAAAUUUAACAGUGUUUAUUGGUAGCAUGUCUUUUCCAAUACAAUAAUGAUGCUUUAGAGUUUCCUCAGAAGUCCGAGCUGAAAAUGACGUCGUUCCCAGCGUUUGGUCAACUUCGUAAAGUCUAUCAAAACAUGUCAGAAUGCCGACUAUCAAAAAGCAUAUUGACUGUGUUUCAUAUUGAUUUUGAGGGAAUAUAUAUUGUUAUCGUUUUAGCCAGAUUAAUAUGAGUCAAACUCUGAUAAGAAGUUAUAUCAGCUCAGUUAUAUUAAAAAUAUUAUCCCUCAGCUGGUGUUGCAUUUCUCACCUGACUGCAGUGCGGUACAGGUGGACUCCAGGGAUGGUCAGAUCACAUGUGACAUCAUCAGUGGGCGUGGCUACAGGUCUAACAAGGUGUGCUUCUGGAUCUGAAAGGAGCCGGUUCGAGUGUUUGGUUGAUGUUUUUAAUCUGACUCCAGAUCAGAUCAGACUCUGAUUCAGCGCUCUGAGUCUGAUCUGGAGGUCAUCAGACCAAGUUUACACAGUACAGCUGCUCCAAUCCACGCCAACCGCCUCUCAGACCUAACCUCACUCACGCUCAUACACCAGUGAAGAGAGCAGGGUGCCCGAGGACACAGCGGACAGAUUGGGAAUAAGGCGGGAAUCGAACCGCCAACCUUCCAGUUGAGCAGAUGCACUGAUUGGUCUGAUUCAUACGGCGCUGAAAACUCCCUUUUAAAUAACCCAAACAGCCUUUUAGGGCGAAGAUUGUGGACCGCUUAACGAGAACACUGUGAUGGACGAAGUCUGCUCCGGGUUCUGUAGGGCGUGUGUGUGUGUUCGGGUUCGUUUAAACAGACCCUGAAUGAUUCAGACUGAUCCGCUCAGGUAAACGUCAACGUUUGAUCACCACAGCUGUUAGAGGACCGAUCGAUCGAUGGUCAGGUGGUUAUUGGAAACAGCGGCAAAUAAAGGCAUUUCUGUUAUAGUGGAAUAUACAUGAUUAUAGGUCUUAUAUUUGGAUCACAAACACACACUCACACACACACACACACACACACACACACUGUUUUCUUCAUUAAAUGUUGAAGCUCUCUGCAGAGACGUGUCUGUUUGGAUCAGAUCUGAGUUUUUUUCAGCGGGACAGGAAGUUAUUUAUAGAGUCUUUCUGCGUCUUUGUGAUCUGUGUGUGUGUGUGUGUGUGUGUGUUUAAGUGUGUGUGUGUGUCUGUGUGUGUUUAAGUGUGUGUUAUUGGAGGAGACAGAGUUGAGCUGUUGAAUUAUUGAUGAGCUCCUCUCUCUCUCUCUCUCUCUCUCUCUCUCUCUCUCUCUCUCUCUCUCUCUCUCUCUCUCUGUCUUUGGCGUCCUGUUCCGGUCCGAUCCGCUCUGCUGGCUCUGAAUGAGGACUGGAACACUGAGCCGGUCUGUUCUGGACUCUGGAACUCUGUCAGUUCUUCUUUGGUGGACUGUUUGUCUUGCAGGUCCAGUUUUUCCCACACGACACGUGACAGUGAAGAGUUUAAAAACAGAGACGCUGCAGAAGUCGGGUUUCUCCUGAACGCAGCACUCCGGGGUUCUGGUACCGACCCGUUAGAUUUAAUGUAGAAGGUUCUAUCAGGUAAUAAUGGGUCAGAUUAUCACCUGGAGGUGCAGCCGCUGAGUUUGGAGCAGCCUGUUUGGCUGUAAAUCAAUAUUGCUGCAGAAUGCAUUAUGGGAAAUGUAGUCCGCGGUGUUUUCGGAGUUUAAAUCGACCCGUACGUUCAGGAUCUUUGUUUUCUAAGCUCGUCUAUGUGUGUCUUACAGGAUUCAGGAGGAAGAUGAAGAUGAUGAUGAAGCAGAACCAAAGAUCUAACCUCCGCUGAGAGGAAGACGACGAAGAGGAGGAGGAGUCAGAGAGGGCUCAGGAUGGAGCGAGCUCACAGCCUCCUGCUGAACGAGGACGCCUGCGGUCAGCUGGGCGAACACCAGAGGGCGGAGUUUAUCUUCGAAUGGCUGAACCACCUGAAGAAGCUCCUCCCCGUCACCGACAGGGUGAGCGCCGUGGUCACAUGACCUCAAAGGUUAAACCUGAAAGUGUCUCUAACAGCUGAUUCUCUUCUUCAGGCCGACGUCAAACACAACCAGCGCCGCCUCAUCGAUCAGCUGUCGGGCAUUCUGAUUGGCUCCCCCGGCCCGCCGACCCGAUGGCUGCUGGCCCACUGCUUGGCCCUGCUGUACCGCCUCGGAGACCCCAUACCCGCCAGUUUAAUGGUGGACCGGUGCAACGACAUCAUCCGCAGCAAAGACGACUCGCCGUCAGGCCUCCCGACGCGACUGUGAGUCAGGACGAGUUCAGGGACCCAGACAGUGUCGGAAAAAAGAGCAUCAGAUAUUAAAACACAGUAAACUUGUAUAAAAUGGCGUUUAGAGAAUCAAAGGUUCAGCGGGUCGUUUCUGUCAAACAUCAGGAAAUCGAGGGGCGUGUCUUUGAGAAUCAAACCGUCUGAUUGGAUGUUUGUUCGUGUGUUUCAGGGCCGCCGUGGCGUGUCUCGGCGCUUUGUUCGAGCAGCUCGGUCGGAUGCUCGCCGGCUGCUUUAAGGACGCUCUGGCUAACCUGCUGAAGGCGAUGAAGAGCGCCGAGGUUUGUCCGCCGCUCAGUUGACGUCACAUUUACUGACAAACAUGAAAGACAUGGCGUUUCAGGUCAAAGGUCGGCGUUGAUUCAUGGUCACUCUCCUCUUCCUGCGUCAGUCUCAGGGUCGAUAUGAGAUCAUGUUGUGUUUGGAGAAGAUCCUGAGAGGUUUGGGUGUCAGCGCCGUGUCUUGUCAUCGGGACGUCUACAAGGCGGCGAGGGCGUGUCUGACGGACCGAUCCAUGGCUGUUCGCUGCGCCGCCGCAAAGGUAACACUGAGCAGGAACAGGAAAGGUCCCGAUGAUGAUGAUUCUAGAAAACCGCUGACCGCCAUCUUGUGUUUGUGUCAGUGUCUGCUGGAGCUGCAGCGGGACGCCGUCUUCCUGUGGAGCAGCGAGCUGGAGAACGUCGCCACGCUCUGCUUCAGAGCCUUCGAGGGAUCGAACUACGACGUCCGAGUCUCCGUCGCCAAACUGCUGGGAACUCUGCUGGCCGCCGCCGUGGAACCCAGAACCACCACAGGUACUGGAACCAGGACCCCCACAGGGACAGGUACCAGCGCAGAACUCCUACAGGUACAGGUAUCAUCUCUUUCUCUCUCUCUUUUUUCCCAUCAGCCCCCAGGCCGGGCGGGCGAGGGAGGGGCUCCCUGGAGGAGGUGAUGGAUUUGUUGUCUGGGGGGUUCCUGCGGGGCGGGGCGGGUUUCCUCAGAGCCAGCGGCGACAUGCUGAAGGGGACGAGCUCGGUCGGGAAGGACGUCCGGAUCGGGGUCACUCAGGUGGGUCACGUUGGCGUUGGUCUCCAUGGAAACCUUGCAGACAGACACUCAUCCCUCCUCCUCUUCCUCAGGCCUGCGUGGUCUUCGUCUCCACCCUCGGCGCCUCCUGGUUGGAGGCCAACUUCCCGUCCUUCCUGUCCUUACUGAUGGAGCUGGCGUCUCACGGCAGGGCGACGCAGACGCCGGCCGACGCCGCGGUGACCCGCCGCUGCGUCUCCUUCAUCCUGAGGAGCACCCUGGGGUCUCUGCUGGGAGAGAAGGCUCAGACCAACGCCGCCAAACAGCUGUGCCUCGCCGUGGCCGAGCAGAAGAAAGCCAUCGGUGAGUAAACAGGAAGUGAGCGAGAGAUGAUUGAACAGCCGCCAUGACGGUUUCAGCGCUGAUGUUUCCUGACUCUGUUCUCAGACGCAGCUCUGACUGACGGGAACCUGGAGACCAGAGUUUCAUCUGCGGACCUCUCGGCCAGUCAGCACGUCCUGGUCUGCUGCCUGCUGGAACUGGGAGGACUCAUCCAGGGACUGGGAUCCACAGCGGCCCCUCUGCUCACCGACAGCAGCACAGGUCCGACCCACCGAGUCCAAGAAGGAGAACCGGAGAAGAUCGAAGCUUAGAUACGACUUCAUUUACUCUGAGAAUCUGAUGCCUCCUCUGAUCCACACAAAGCCUCAGAUCACGGUGCCAUGGACCAAAAAAGAGGGUCCGGUCGAUAGUUGAACACUGCGGUUUUCAUCCCGGUCACAGAACUACGGAUCAACUCUUUACUAGGGUUGGAUGUUGUUUGAUUUAAAGAUUCCGGUUCUGAUUCCUCGUUUUAAGGGUGUUCGGCAGUUAUUUCUUCCGGUUGGCGGACUCCGGCAUCGACACUUGUAAUCGAAAUUUUAAUAUUUGAACGGUUCUGGAAGAAUCGGAAUGUUAGUCCCAGUCCCCAUCGAUGCUCGAGACUCGAUACCCAACCCUACUCCUCACCCUCGCUCGGGUUCUUGAGGGGAGAUGGUAGUUUGCCCAACCAGUCCACAUGUGUUUUGUGGACUUGGAAAAGGCCUACGACUGUGUCCCCAGCGGAAUCCUGUGGGGGGCGCUCUGGUUCCUUAUUAAGGGGGUGGAGGGAGUCCAGAUCCGCAGGCAGAGGAUCCUGUCGCUGCUUUUUGCAGGUGAUGUGGUUCUUCUAGCCUUGUGGAGCAGUGACCUUCAGCUCUUGCUGGGGCGGUUCGCAGCCGAGUGUGAAGCGGUUGGGAUGUGAAUCAGCACCUCCAACUCCGAGGUCAUGGUCCUCAGUUGGAAAAAAGGUAGAUCACCUUCUCCAGGUCGGAGAGGCGGUCCUGCCUCAAGUGGAGGAGUUCAAGUAUCUCAGGAUCUUGUUCACGAGUGAGGGUAGGAUGGAGCGGGAGAUCGACAGGCGGAUCGGAGCGGCGUCAGCAGUGAUGCGGACGAUUAACCGAUCAGUGGUGGUGAAGAAAGAGCUGAGCCGUAAGGAGAGACUCUGGAUUUACCGGUCGAUCUACGUGCCGAUCCUCACCUAUGGUCAUGAACUUUGGGUAAUGACCGAAAGAACAAGAUCGCAGAUACAAGCGGCUGAAAUGGGUUUCCUCCUCAGGGUGUCCGGGCUCAGCCUUAGAGAUAGGGUAAGGAGCUCAGACACUCGGGAGGCGCUCAGAGGAGAACCGCUGCUCCUCCACGUCGAGAGAGACCUUGUGGCCGGCCCAGGACCAGGUGGAGGGAUUAUAUCUCUCGCCUGGCCUGGAAGUGGCUGGGGUGAGGGCCGUCUGGGCUUCCCGGACCAGGAUGAAGCGGAAGAAAAUGAAACGAACCUCCUCAGAUCUCAGGGAGGAGCUGUUGUGGAUUCAGAGGAGACAUCAGAUCUCAAGAGUCCUGUUCAAGAGUGAAGAUCUGACCUCCCAUUUGUCCCCACAGCCCUCCUGGACACCGUCAUCUCCGUCCUCCUCCACCCUGCCGCCUCCGCCUCUCUGGCCGCCGCCUGGUGUCUUCGCUGCGUAGCCAUGGCGAUGCCGUCCCAGGGUUCUUUGCUGCUGGAUCGCUGCACAGAGCGUCUGGUGUCGAUGAAGUCGUCCCCUGAAGCGGUGGCCGGGUAUGGAGCCGCCGUCGCCGCCCUGGUGGCCGCGGUCCAGCACAGCCCUCUGGGGAUACCGCACACCAAAGGCAUGGUGGGUAAAAUCUGAACAUGGAGCUCUGGACCAGAACCAGUCCGAGUUCUACAGGACCUGGAUCAGCAUGUUUGUGUGUGUUUGUUGUAGGUGGUUCUGGGUCUGGCUGAAGACCUGCUGAGAUCAGCGUCUCAGAACAGUCGGAUCUCCCUGCAGAGGACUCAGGCGGGCUGGAUUCUGGUCUCCUCCAUCAUCACCCUGGGUGAGUCUGGACCCUGUGGACCACUUCACUGUAGAACCUAGACCGGACCACUAUGACGUGUGUGUGUGUGUGUGUGUUCAGGCCCCGCCGUCGUGGAGCACCACCUCCCCCGUCUCCUCCUCCUGUGGCGGUGCGUGUUCCCGGCGUCUCUCAGAGAACAGGAAAUGGAGCUGCGGCGAGGGGACUACUUCACGUGGCAGGUUACUCUGGAGGGUCGUGCCGGAGCGCUCUGUGGUCAGUGUCGUCACAUGUCACACCUGUGUUUACCUUUACCUGUGAAACCGCAGCAGCAGAUUGACUCUCCGUGUCGUUUGUCCGAACAGCCAUGAAGAACCUGCUGCUUCACUGCAGGGAGCUCGCCACCGAUGACAUCAUCAGCCGACUUCUCACGCCGUUGGCCUGCGCCGUCGCCCUCCUCACCAGGUCAGUCCCUCAGAGUCUGACGAAUGUUUACAGAGUUUAUCCAAUCAAUGAACGAGAGAUACUGACACCUGUGUGUGUGUGUGUGUGUGUGUGUGUCUGUGUGUGUGUGUGUGUGUAUGUGUGUGUAUGUGUGUGUGUGUGUCUGUGUGUGUGUGUGUGUGUAUGUGUGUGUGUGUGUGUGUGUGUGUGUGUGUGUGUGUGUGUGUGUGUGUGUGUGUGUGUGUGUCUGUGUGUGUGUGUGUGUGUGUGUGUGUGUGUGUGUUUCAGGCUCCCGUCUCUCCUCAGGUCGUACGGCGCCUCCGUUCGUCUUUAUUCGAUCGUUUACAGACUCAGAGUUUACGAACUCCUCGCUCAGCUGCCCCCCCACACGUACCAAGGUGACAUCCUGCAUCCUUAUCUCCUUAUCUCCUUCACUUCUUCUUUAUCUCCUACCUUGUCUCCUUUCUUAUGUCGUUCCUUAUCUCUUUCCUUGUCUCCUUCUCAUCUUCUUCCUAUCUCCUUCUUUAUCUCCUUCCUUGUCUCCUUUGCCCUCUCCUUUCUCAUGUGCUUCCUUAUCGCCUUUCUGAUCUCCUUCCUUAUUUCCCUUCUUAUUUUCUUCCUUGUCUCCUUACCCAUUUCCUUUUUUAUCUCCUUUAUCUACUUCCUUGUCCCCUUUCUCAUCUCCUUCCUCCUCUCCUUCCUUACUUCCUUAUCUCCUCCCUCAUCUCUAUCUCCUUCCUCUCUUUUUAACUCCUCCUUCCUCCUUGUCUCCUUCCAGAGAGUUUCGGUCUGGUGAUGAACCAGCUGGUGUCGGACCUCUCGGGUCAGGAGAACCUGAACCAGUCCUGCUCAGAGCUCACCUUGCUGCCUCCUCUCUGUCACCAUGACGACCUGCCUCUGAUUGGCCCCGCCCUCCACGACACAGAGCACAGAUACAUCGAGGAGCAGGUGUGUAACUGUCGAGCUGACCUCUGACCUCAGCAAAGACACGUGUCAUGAUGUGUGUGUGUGUGUGUGUGUUCGUCUCUCAGCUCCACGGCAGCGCUGUGGGCGGCGGCUCGCUGGACAACGACGCCUUCAGUCUGUGUGAGAGGAGCGACGUAGCUCCCGCCCCUCUUCCUCCUCCUGUCGCUCUGACCGCCGCCACCGUCCGCCUCUUUGGGGCGCUGUUUCCACACAUCAUCCCCCCGCAGAGGUAACUCACCUGCCCACAGGUCACAGGGUGACUGAGGUCAAAGUCUCAAGGUCGCUCUGUUAGCGGUUUCAUUUCUUGACCUCUGACCUCCGUCUCUGUCAGGGUGAAGAUCUUGGAGCAGUUUGUGGAAACCGUGAACCAGCUGAAGGGUCAACGUCAGCAGACGGUUCAGACCCACGUUUGUGCUGCCCUCUGCAGUCUGCUCAAGGUACUGCAGGGUCUGACUGGUUAGAGUUUAAGGUUUUUUUGUAUCAUCUAACAUCAGUCCUUCGCUCUGCAGCAGCAGGGUGCUGUUCGAGGGUCUGUGGGCCCGGAGGAGAUCCGACCCCCGGCGCUGUCUCUCCUGACGGGGGCGCUGGAGAGCCCCAGUCCUCUGCUGCGCUGCCUGGCUGCUGAAGGUCUGGCCCGGCUGGUUCAGGUGGUCGGAGAUCCUGGAUUCACGGUCUCUGUGUCCCUGCUCUGCUUCGACAGGUUGGUUAAACUCACAGGUGCAGGUCCGGUUCUGAGAGGAUCUUUGGAUCAGUCAGAGAGCGGUUCUGGUCCGUGUGAAGAUCUUUGUUCUGAUUUAGACUUUAUCACAAAAAAUGAGUGUUACUGUAGCUGCAGGUCAGAACCAGAAAUAGUCCAAAAAAGCCCAAAAUAACUCUGAGCUGCAGCAGGAUCCAAAAAUAUCUGAAGAUCUUCAGCAUCAAACACAGACGGGAGGAAUCUAUUUUUAAGAGCUUCACUGAAAACAGGAAACAGCUUCAGGAGUCAGACAUGAGCCACAACAACAGGACCACAGACCGGAUCAGAACCACAGACCGGAUCAGAACCACAGACCGGAUCAGAACCACAGACUGAGGGCUGAAGUCAACUUCAUAUAGAUGUGUUUAUAUAGAUAUACACAUCUGUAAUAUACCUGUAUGUUUAAACAGAUAUAGAUCUGUGAAUAUAGAUCUGUAUAUAUGUCUAUAUAUCUGUGUAUAUAUGCAGAUAUAGAUCUGUACAGAUAUAUAGAUCUACAUACAUGUCAAUAAUCUGUAUACAUGAGCGUGUCCCGCCUCCACUCACAGAUCUAGAUAUACAGAUAUAGAUCUGUAAAUAUAGAUCCAUAUAUGAUCUGUAUACAUGUCUAUAUAUCUGUGUAUAUUUACAAUUAUAGACCUAUAUAUAUAUAUAUAUAUAUAUAUAUAUAUAUAUAUAUAUAUAUAUAUAUAUGAGUGUGCUGUGCCUCCACUCACAGAUCUGUACUUACAUAGAUCUGUGUAUAUGCAUGUCAUAUAAAUUUACAGAUAUAGAUCUGUGAAUAUAGAUCUGUGUGUAUGAGUGUGUCCCGCCUCCGCUCACAGAUCUGUACUUACAUAGAUCUGUGUAUAUGCAUGUCUAUAUAUCUGUAUAUAAAUUUACAGAUAUAGAUCUGUGAAUAUAGAUCUGUGAAUAUAGAUCUGUCUGUAUGAGUGUGUCCCGUCUCCGCUCAUAGAUCUGUUUUAUCCGCUCAGGUUGAAGACGGCUCGGGACGCAGCGUCCCGCAGUGGCUACGCUCUGGCUCUGGGGGCGCUGUACCGCUACACCGGAGGGAUCAGCUCACCUCAACACCUGUCCACCUGCCUGGGGGUCCUGUUCACCCUGAGCCAGGACAGCACCUCACCUGAGGUCCAGGUACGCCCGACAACGACGACGGGGGGAUUAUGAUGCUGGUCCGACCUUCAGAACCUUUACAAGUGUGUGUGUGUGUGUGUGUGUGUUUCCGGUCCAGACCUGGUCCCUCCACAGUCUGUCUCUGGUCGUCGACCUCUCUGGUGGUCUGUAUCGCGCCCACGCCGAGCCGUCCUUCACCCUGGUGCUCCGCCUGCUGCUGUCGGCUCCGCCCACUCACCCUGAGGUUCACCACAGUCUGGGACGCUGUCUGCACGCCCUCAUCACCUGCCUGGGUCCUGACCUGCAAGGUAACGCCCACAGCACACCUGAGGACACCUGAGGACAAAGACACCAGGAGGUUCUUGAGGAUUGGUGGAUUUUUAAGGACAUUUGUGUGUGUGUGUGUGUGUGUGUGUUUUGUCAGGUGAAGGCGCGGCGGUGUCCGGUCUGCGCUCCAGCUGUCUGGUGGGUUGUGCUGUGAUGCAGGACGGUCCGGACUGUCUGGUUCAGGCCCGGUCCAUCUCCUGUCUGCAGCAGCUCCACAUGUUCUCCCCGCCUCACAUCAACCUGGCCAGCCUGGUACCUGCGCUCUGUGUGAGUCCACCUCAGACACACCUGAGACACACCUGAGACACACCUGAGGUCACUCUGUUUCCACAUGUGCUGACUGAAAACUUAAAAAUCGAUCAUCUCUUUAACUUUCCUCUUUGUUUGUUUUAGUUUCUGGAGAAACAAACUUUGAAUUUUGAGAUUUUAAAGAUGUAAUUUUAAACGCUCUCGUCCUUUUUGGUCCUUUUUUACUUCAAUAAUAUAAAUCAACCUCACUCAAUGACGAUAAUAAAGCAGAAAUAUUAAAACUUCAAACUGAGCGCCGACAUCAUGAUCAGACGUGAACAGAGACGGAGUGCUGUAGCGUCUCUGUAGCGUCUCUCUGUCUCUGACUGUGUCCUUGUCUUUCAGGAGAUCUUGUUGGAUUAUUCCUCGUUGGUACGUCUCCUCUAAAGCCUGACUCUCUUUUCUUUUCUGUUCACAUGUUUUUUUAACCCUCUGGUUUUUGGAUUUGGACGCCCUGACUCACUUUUCUGUUGUUCAUGUUUUCCUGUUUGGCUGCUUGAAGCACUAACUCAGUUUUUUUUUAGUUAACCUGAUCAUGUGACUCUUCUUUUUAACCUCUUUGGUUUUAACCCUGCGGCCUGUUUUGACCUCCGACUGUCAGACAGUGAGUCGGUGUUUCCUCAGAAACAGGAACUGAGUCUGAAGAUUCACUUUAUUCACCUUUGACCUGAAAACUUCAGAGAUAAAGGAUCAAUAAUCCGCAGAUCCGAAUAAAAACAGGAAGUAUAAUAAGAAUAACAGGAAGUUUAAAAACACAAACAUAAUGCUGUAUACAGUAUUUAUUAAUAUUCUAAGGAGGAAAAAAAGGGUUAAUAUUAGAAUAAGCAGAUAAAUAUCGAAGAGUCAGCUGUACAGUGGCCCUAAAGGUACAAACGUUUCAGAAGACCUUAAAAAUAUUUAAAAAAACACGUAAAAGUUUUAAAUAUUGUUAAAACAUUUUCAUGUCUCAGUGACAGUUUUUGUUUGCUUUUCAGAGUUUUUAGGAUUUUUCUCAAAUAUUUUUAUGUUUUGGGAUUUUUUUUUAUUAUUUUUUCAUUUAUUUUUGUGUUUUUUUUUCUAUGUUUUAUAAAAAAUAUAUAUAUUUAUCACCUUCCUAAAAUAUUUGUUCCAUUGACCUUCAGGACCACCGUACUUACAGAUAUGGAUACAUGAAAACAUUUAGAUAUAGAUGUAAAGUGAUAGAUGUAGAUCAGAGGAUGUUAAAACAUUUUCAUGUUUCAGUGACUGUUUUUGUUUUCUUUGAAUAUUUUUGAGGUUUUAGGAUUUUUCUCAAAUAUUUUAUAAUAAUAUUUUUUAAAUAUUUAAGUUUUUUAAGAUGUUUUUUUUUUUUUUUUUUUAAUGUUUUAUAAAAAACAUAUUUAUCACCUUCCUGAAAUAUUUGUUCCCUUCAGGGCCACCGUACAGACCAAUAUUGAUGCAUUAUUACCUUUAGAUAUAGAUAUAGAGAGAUAGAUAUAGAUCAGGAGAUAUGAAUUGAUUAAUUAUUGAUUAAAUCCUGAUAAAAAUUCUCACAGCUGUUUACAAACAUGACGUCAGCUGACUCAGUUUCUAGUCUGAAUGAAACGCCGUCUUCAGCUGCAUGAGUCCUCAGAGAGUUUGACUGUCCUCGUGCACUAACACGUGUAUGUGUGUGUGUGUACGUGCGCUCUCAGGCUCACCUGUGCAGCUCGUACCUGUGUCUGCGUCGUGCCGUGGUGGCCUGUCUGCGUCAGCUGGUCCAGAGGGAGGCUCUGGAGGUCUCCGAACACGCCGUGACUCUGGUCAAAGAGCUGCCGAGACGGGACAACACUCAGCUGGGUGAGUCUGACGGGGUCUGAGGAAAGACCCGGGUACGGGGUUCUGAGGACCUCACUAACCCUCCUCCUCCUCCUCUGCAGACGUGACCAUAAAGGAAGUGGGUCUGGAGGGCGCUCUGUUCACUCUGCUGGACCGGGAGUCUGAUCCGGGUCUGAGGAGGGACAUCCAGGAGACUCUGGUCCACAUGAUGGCGUCCAGCGCAACCAGCGGGAAACUGGGACACUGGCUGAAACUCUGUAAGGACGUCCUGUCGGCGAGCACAGGUGGGUUCAUCUCCUGACCCCGGGACGAGCGUAGAUAUAUAUAUAAGAAAGGCUAGAUGACUCUAUGAGGCGGAGUCAGCGGCGUCUGCCUGUAGCAAGAUGGCUGCCAUGCGCUGACGUUGAUCUUCAUUGGCUAACAGCGUGUGUAAGACAUCUAGUGUUUAUAUCUAUAUCUAUGAGGAUGAGGUCGCUCGUUAAACUCGUUAAUGUUCCGAUGAUUGACAUGACCUUUGACCCCGCCGCUCCUCAGACUGCUCCGCUCCGGUCGAGGCGAGUCAGGAGGACGAGGAGGCGGACGCCGGCAGAGACGAUGACUCCUCCGCGUUCAGAGCCCGCACCGAGUCCGGCGGCCCGUUCACGGCGCUCCGCUGGUCCACACGCCGCUUCGCCAUGGAGUGCGUGUGUCGUAUCAUCGCUCAGUGUGAGAGCGCCGACCCCGCCCACUUUGACAUGGCUCUGGCUCAGGAGAGACGCCUUCAUGAGUCCACAGGUAAGACCGCCCCUCAGCUCGCUCAGGUGUUCGGACUCUGCAGACCGCCUUAUCUUCUCGCCGUCUUCACACAGACUUCCUGGUCCUCCAUCUUGGGGAUCUGGUCCGGAUGGCGUUCAUGGCGGCGACAGACCACAGCGACCCGCUGCGCCUGGCGGGACUUCAGACCCUGCUGGUGAUCAUCAAACGCUUCUUAGCCAUUCCUGAACCCGAGUUCCCGGGUCACGUGAUCCUGGAGCAGUACCAGGCCAACGUAAGGACCGCCAUGUGAGUCUGUAGACCGCCAAGACCACCAAGAGAUCUGUGAUGGUCAUAAAUGUCUGUGUUUCCUUCCCGCAGGUCGGAGCGGCUCUCAGACCCGCCUUCACCGCAAACGCCUCCCCGGAGGUCACCGCCAAGGCCUGUCAGGUAACCAAUCAAUCAUCAGAUUAACCGUGGACUUCCUGUCCUGACCACCUGACCCGAUGACCCUGCUGAUGUCAUCCUGUGUCCGUUCUCCUCUCAGGUCUGCAGCGCCUGGAUCGCCAGCGGCGUGGUCAGUGACCUCAGGGACCUGCGGCGGGUCCAUCAGCUGCUCGCCUCCUCAUUGGUUAAAGUCCAGGCAGGUAGGGACACGCCCAGUUACCUGUACAACGAGGCCACCGCUACCAUGGAAACGCUGGCUGUGCUGAAGGCGUGGGCCGAGGUGGGUGUCGGUCUGUUGACCUCGUCUCCGACCAAUCACAUCUGAGCACGGUCGAGUUUCUAACCCCGCCCCUUUUCUCUCAGGUUUACAUCGUUGCCGUGGAGAGCAGCAGACCGAGGAAGGCUCCUGAUAGGACGGCUGAUCCGUCACUCUCCUCUCAGACCGACGACAGCUCGGAGUCAGAAGGGGCGGGGCUUCUAAAGCUGGUCCAAUCAGACCUGUCGACGCUGAGCCGACUGUGGUUGGUGGCGCUGCAGGACUACGCUCUGCUGACCCUCCCACAGGAAUACGCAUCACAGCUACCAGCAACAGGUGGGUGGGGCUUACAGAUAAACCAAUCAGCUCCUCAAGUUUAUUUAGGUCUCAUUUUCUGUCCAAUCAGAGCUCUAGAAUCUUAAAGACGAGUCCAAUCAGGAUGAGGGUCAGAAUCCUGGACAGAGACCGGACUAACGAGGUCUAAAGACUCCAGACUAACGAGGUCUUUCUCAUGCAGGGGGGUCUUUCUACACCGCAGAGACCCUGAAACAGGCCAGACCUCAUUACACCUCCUCCUGGGCCCCCAUCCUCCACGCCACCUCCUUGUGGCUCCACAGCAGCGGUGAGUCCUCCUCAGUCCUCCUCAGUCCUCCUCAGUCCUCCUCAGUCCUCCUUUAGGUCCUCAUCAGCUGAUUGAGACUGUCUCGGUUUCAGGUUUCGUGAUGUCAGACGACUCCCCCACCACCCUGUCCAGACCGGCCACGCCCACCUCCAUGGGUCAGACGGGUUCUGUGGGCGGAGCCAAAAGUCCAGAGGACCUAAACUCAGACCGACUUCACCUCAUACUGGGUAAGGAGACCCUUCAGGACUGGAAACCAUUGACCCCGGUCUCUCGUAGACCCCCUCAGUGUUGACUCGGUUCUUGUGGGUCCUUCAGGGAUCAGCGUGGAGUUCCUGUGUUCGCCGCACUCCGAGGACCAGAUGGAGAACAUCACUUCCUGUCUGAGGGCUCUGCAGGCGCUGCUGGACGUCUCCUGGCCCCGGGCGAAGAUCGGGAACGACCAGGUGAGACCUGAGCCGAUCCGAACCCGGUUCAGACCCGUUAACACUUUAGAACCAGGAUCCAGAUCAAACCGAGAACUUGACCAGCUGAUCGUGGCGUCUUCUCAUCUUCAGGCUCUGAGCGUGGAGCUACUGAGCGUGCUCCACCGCCUGAUGGUGACCAGGGAGUCCGUGAGCGUCCAGCUCGCCGUCUUGGAUUUACUGCAGCAGAUCGUGACGGCGGCGCAGGAGCACGUCCGAGAGAAACGCCACAGCGCCGAGGGUGAGCGCGCACGCUUUAAUCCUCGCCGUAGGGGAGCCUGUGGGGUCCACGAACAACACGUCUGAAACACACGGAUGUUUUAGGAAACGCUGGUCGUUUUCCUCUCGCCAUUUUCUGAUGUUUCAACUCAAACUGUCUCUGAACGUUUCUCCUCCUCAGUGGACGACGGAGCGGCGGAGAAGGAGACGCUGCCCGAGUUCGGAGAGGGGCGGGACACCGGCGGUUUGAUCCCCGGGCGCUCGCUGGUGUUUGGAGCGCUGGAGCUGUGCCUCUGCGUCCUGGUCCGGAAACUUCCGCAGCUCAGCCCCAAACUGGCCGGAACCAGUCCGAGUGGUCCUGGAGGGUCCGUCUGGAGUCUGACUGACAGCGACUGCCGCCUGGUGUCCUCGGCUCUGUUUGUCCUCUCUGAGCUGCCGUCCAUCUGCUCUCCUGAAGGUGGAGUUUGAUUUUUUUUCACACCAAACCUCAGUGAAAAAAGCUCUGAUUUUAGCAGACAGGAGUCUGUAGUUUGAUUCCCUCUGUUACUGUUACUGUGUUAGUGUGUGUGAUUAAAAACACCAUGUCGGAUCAGAACCGACAGUUUCAAACAUCCUGGACUCACGGCGGCUCAAACAGAGUCAUGAAUCGGGUCACAGACACUCGAGUUCUAUGAGGUAAAAUCCUUGUUUUUGUGAAUGGAGUUUGGUGCCACACCUCAGUGCUCGUCUCUCCUUCUCCAGGCAGCGUGUCCAUCCUCCCCACUGUCCUCUACCUGCUGCUGGGUGUCCUCAGAGAGCUCGUCCACCAGCCCACCACACACACCGGUAACACACACACACACACACACACACACACACACACACACACACACACACACACACACACACACACACACACACACAGGUACAGAAGCAAACCUCAACCUUCUCAGAUUUCUCUGAUUUUACCGUAAAGACUCUGUCCUUGUGUCUUUUUCUGAUUGGCCCUUGGCUCAGUGGGCGGAGCCAGCCUGGGUUCGGUGGUCCAGGCGGCUCUUCAGGCCCUGAAGUGUGUCGUGACGUCCCCGAUGAGCCGACAGGAGAAGAGCCGAGGAGCCUGGAACGUUCUGCUGAGAUCAGCUCUGAACACACUGCUGGGCCUGUGGGACUCUGGUACACACACACACACACACACACACACGCACACACACACACACACACACACACACACACUGGACCCUCUCUAGUCUUUGAUACCCGUGUUUAAACCGGUCUUGGCGUGUCUCCAGCAGACCGUGUCGUGGAUCAGGUCAGUCUGCUCACCGCUCUCACCAUCUUCCUGCUCUCCGCCGGUCCUGACGUCUGCGGCGUCGAGCCUCUGCACGCGCUCUGUCUGCAGCGAUUCACCGCCAGCAUGGAGGCCAAAGACCCGCAGGUCAGUAACCAAAACCAGGACUGGAUGGUCCUGAAAAUUGUGAUCGGUGCACCAGCAAUGAAAGGACAACUGGACUCAGUUGAGACGGCGAAACGUCUCAGAUAAGUCCAGUUGUCCUUUCAACGUAGAACUGGAAAUCAUAGAUGCUGCAUCCUCAGUUUGAAAGAGUCGAGGGUCCACGUUAACAGAGUUUACGCUGUGAUUUCAAAUCCUCGUCUUUCUCUUCUGCAGGUUGUGAGUCGCUGUUAUCAGCUGUUGACCACCGUGUUUCAGGCUCCGCCCACUGUGGCCGUCCCGUACAUCCAGGCACUGGGACCUCCGCUGGUUCGGUUCCUUCAGGUGAGUCUGGUUUCAUCUGAGCUCCGAUGAUUCUAUCUAAAAACCAGAACCGUGUCUGCAGCAGGUUGACCUCUGAGUCAAAGUUCUGAACCGAGACCUGGACCUCGUGUUUAGAUCCUCGUUGGCGUCCUCACGUAGACGUUGAGCGACUCAGAGGAGUCAUCUUCUCCUGUAAAGACUCUUAUUUUGAAAGGGAACUCCUCAGACUUGUGUCUUGGUCUUGGAUCCAUCAGCUGAUCUGGUUCUCUGGUUUCCUCAGACGGUGGAGAGGAGUCGCCCUCAGAGUCCAGGGGAGCUGAUGGGGGUUCUGGAGGGGGUCCGGGCCAUGGAGGCUCUGAUCCAGGCUGCAGACGAGGCCCAGCGUGAGUCCCAGACCAGAGUAGGUCUUCACAGAGGGGUACAUCCGAGUCCUCAGAUACUGACUCUGUUUCCUUUCAGGUCCUCAGCUGGUGGCCGUCUUAUUACCGCUCCUCAUCUCCUUCUUAUUGGAUGAGAACGCUCUUGGCUCCGCCCCCGCCGCGUCCCGAUCUCUGCACGAGGCGGCGCUCAAAGACCUGAUGCGUCUCGGACCGCAGCACUCGGCCGUCUUCAGGUAAGUCUGAACACGCCGUCAAGGUCCGAUCUGGUUCAGGACUUUAGACUUCGGACCUUCAGAGGGGCGGGGCUUAAACAUCAGAGAGGCCCCUCCUCUACCGUGAAACACCUCUCCCUGACGUGUCCUUCCUUCCUCUCCUCAGGUCCCUCAUCUCCUCGUCUCCUCACCUCAAGUCUCGCCUUGAAGCCGCCGUCAAAGGAAACCAGGAGAGUCUGAACGCUAAAGCGAGCGGCGCCAACCCCCGCAGCGCCGCCAAGUCCUCCCCGAGCAUCACGCUCAAAACCAACUUCCUGUGAGACGCGGCGGCGGAGAUUCAAUCGACGUACGACAUCACUCUAAAUCACUGUGAGGCGUUCACUGUCCCCCGGGACAAACACGAGGUUCAUCAGAGAGGACUCUUAUUUUGAAAGGAAGCUCCUCGGCGCCAUGAGAGCGGAGGGAAAAGAGGUCCAAUCAUGACAUCACUUCCUCUUUCCUGACCGUGGCGUCCUCUCCUCGCUCGCUGCAUGUCACUGAAUCACACAUCAGAUUUUCAUCCCAAAAUCAAACUCUGACGCGUCGUCUCGGCGUCCAUUUUGUCGAGUUUUCAUCCCAGACUGUGAACGUUCCUGACUGGAGCUUUAAUAAAAACACUACAGAGCGAUUUCUGAACUUUUUUCAAACUCGAACCUUUUAUCGUUUUUAUUUGAUGGUUUAUUUUAGUCCAGGAGGUUUUUUUUUGGGAUGAAAACUUUGAUUUAUUCGUCAGACGUCAGAUCAGUCAGAGCGAACCGAGACUGGAACAAAAGAGAGAAAAUCAGACGAGUAUUUUUAACCACGCAGAGACGAAACGAACGUCCAGAUUUACGACGAGAAGAAACAGAAGGAGGAAUUAGAGUGUGGGUAUUUUGGAGCUCGGAAACGUUUCCCUGAAGACUCAAAAGAUUAAAGAAGGAAAUUCAGAUUAAAAACUCACUUAUGAAGAUUUUAUUUUCCUGUUUUUGUUCAGGUGCCUUUGAGAGAGAAGCCACGCCCACUUCUGCUCAGAGGUUCCUGUUAAAUAAACACGUCAGUUUAACUUCAGUCUGAGAAUUUACUUUGGAACUUUGUUGUAGAGAAACACGUGAAGCUUCGACCAAUCACAGGACGAGAUGGUAGGGGAAGGUCCCGCCUCCUUGAAAUGAACAUUAUCGCUAUUCUGAAUCUCCUAACCCGACAGACGAUGACGUUUAAGAAUAACCAAUCAGAGGCGAAGGAGGGCGGGACCUCCCCCUACCAUCCUGAUCCUGCUCACAGAACACCUUGACUCCUCCCACCUGUCACCACCUGAACAAAUAGGGGGCGUGUCCUCUGUGAUCGGCUCAAUAAUCAUCAGUUAUGAAGAAAAACAAUCUGUGACUAACCAUGAAAGGAGGUCAGCGGGUCAAAGGUCGUGUUUACAGGCGUUCCCGUGACCCUGUGAGUGAAUGUGAAAAACAGAGAAGAUCUCAGACCAUGAACGCCUCACCGAGAGGAUUUUAUUUUUGUAGUAAAGUUCGGAUUUAGCCGAUUAUAAGAGAGAUACGGUGGCCUGUGAGGGACAGUUUAGUCAUCAGCACUUUAGUUUAACACACUACACCUUCAUCGUCAUCAUCAUCAUCUACCACGCCUGUCUAUCACAGUGAAGAAUGUACACUUGAAAGACUUUUAUUUUGAAAAUCUGAACAGUCACAGAUUCAUAAUUUCAGAAUAAAAUGCAGUUAGCGCUCACCUGUGAAUUAUCCACCGUCAUGUACAGGUGUGAAUGAGUUUACAGGUUUUUAACGGCUGUGACUGAAUAAAAAAAUAAACGAUUAUUCUUCACAAACUGUUUCUGUGGGUUUAUUUUCCAGCAGGUGAGUCACAUGACCGGGUCUGAAAAGGUCAUUCAGAGAGGCGGAGUCUGUAAAACACAAACAAAUCUGUAUCUAUGGUCUGUUUUAUUCAGUAAAAAUCCUCCAACCUUUAAAAUUUUUGAUAUUUUAUGACUGAAAACCAUUUAAAAUGCAAGUUUGUCAGCAGAUGUUUGACAAAAACUCUGAGUUAAAGAGUAAAAUUUUAACUUUUCCUGUGAAGAAAGAAAAAAAACACACAGUUUUGUGAAAUAAUCCUUUAAAAAUAAAGAUUUGAUAGUUAAACUGAUAAUGUACCACGCCUUCUAACGGCAUGUUAGUGUUUUUAAAUCAGCUCUUACAUCAGCUGAAGGAAACUUUAUUUUUUAACAGAGACAGAGAAGCUGCAGCGCCCCCUAACGUCAGCUCCCUCACCUCAAGGUGUUGCCUUCAGGUUCUAUCGAAAAUCAAGGACACUCAACAUGAAGCCUAAAAAAAUACUUUUCAAAUAAUUACAAUAAACGUUUAGCUACAAAUGUUUAUCAUUCUACUCCAUAAUGGAUCCUUUUAAAUUAAUAAAGGGUUGGUUCAGCUGCAAUGAAUAAAUGGACUAAUUGCCAACAAUUUUUAUAACGCCCCAAUUAUUCCAAUUAUUAUGUUUUACAAAUAUGAGGUGAUCCAUCCUGCUGGACUGUUAAAAUCAUUGGUCUAAAGAGAAAAAAAUACGGAGGAUACUUUAUUUGGAUCUGGGCUACUAUAAACCGUAUUUUCUUUAUUUUACACCAUAAAAAACAAACUAAACAGUUAAUUUUAGUUUAAAAAAAAAGUAAAGAGAACCUAAAACAAAGAUUGCUGCUGAUGUCCAUAUUUUUAAUUAAAGUAAAAACUAUGAUUUUUACAUUUUGUGAACUCUUGUCCUCUUACUUUGUAAAUAAAUAUAAAUACGGUUAGGAUUAUUUCUGAUUCUCCUUUUUUUUUCUUUUUAACAACAACACAAAGAAAACAAUAAUAAGGAAUGAUUGCAUAUAUGUCAAUAUAAGGAUAUAAGUGAUUGACAAUCUUUUAAAGGUAUUUACAGCACCACAUACACAGUUCUGUGAAAAUCAAUUUAAUAUCAGGCUAAUAUGAAGAUAUGGUGGCCGAGAACUGCCACUGCUGCAAAUAAAAAA